UUUACAACCCCCUUGUGCACAAGCUGACCUUGCUGGAACUGAGUUGAGUCUAGUUCGCUAUAUCCUAUUCUUUCUAUCAUGGAGCAACAAAAAGAAAAAUCUGAAAGGGCCGUUGUUUUGGCUGUAGAUGGAAGCGAACAAUCGAAGAAGGCAUUCAAUUGGUACAUGGAAAAUAUUCAAAGAGAUGGAGAUCAUGUCUUUGUGCUGACUGUUGGAGAUUUUUCUCAAAAGAUUAACUUUGGAAUUUUACCUGGGAACUAUUCAGAAGAACGGCUCAAAGAAAUCAUUGAACAAGUACAAGCUGAAAGCAACAAGGUUGAAGUAAUGUUAGCUGAUUUUGUGGAACAACUCCGUGCUAAACGAAUCCAUGGCGAAGCAGCACAUAUUCCAGAGAAAAAUGUUGGUGCAGGCAUUUGUGAAUUUGCAGAGAAACACAAUGCAUCUAUGAUCUGUAUGGGGACCCGUGGCCUGGGGACUAUGAGGCGGACUGUGCUUGGAAGUGUCAGCGAUUUUGUUGUCCACCACUCACGUUGUCCAUGCAUUAUUGUCCACUAACCAUAGACUGAUUUAUGUCCUGUUGUUAAUAAUCAUGUGAUCUUCUUGUGGGGCGACAGUUUGGUGUACAAUCUCAUACCUAACUUUUUAAUAUUACCUUUUUGAUAAUCAGUCUUUUGUGAAAGUGAAAAGACAUGCAUAUCUUCCACAUCGGUAGUUUUUAUUUCGGCUUAUUAUCAUCAAAUGUCCGUGGUCCUUCUGUAAACAAUUUUGUUAUCGCUAUUUCAUAAAAAGUACAGGAAAGAUUUUUCUAAAACAUGAUGUUUAGGGUCCCCUUGGUCCCAUUCAACUUUGAGUCUGAUCCAGAAAUACAACUUUGAAUUUUGACAAUUGAAGUUUGUUAUCUUGAGAAGUAAUAUGUAGGUUACCCUUGGUCCCUAGUUGUGCCUAUGUGAUUUCGAGUCCGAUUGGAAAACAACAUGACUGAGAGGUAUUGGAAUUUGUCUGUGUUAUCUCUGUUAUGUACGUAUACCUGAUCCUAUGGGAUCACUGGUUAUUUGAGCUUUGUAUACAAUGCCAAAUCAUUAAAAUUGAAGCCCACAUAAUUCACAUGAUUAUUAGCAGCAGUAAGUCCUCUAGUGUUGUUGACCUGAUAGUGACUGUAGGGAGAACGUCUCCAGUAGAUAUGCACCCAGAAUUUUUAUAUCAUCACUCAUAGUGAGAACAGAUUAACACCUUAAACAAAUAUUUGGGCAUUGGGCAAAAAAGACCCAUACACACCUUUUUAGUGUUGAUUUCAGAUAAUGCUUCAUUUUCUGAUCCAAUAUAUGGUAUGUUAAAUUCGACUCGACAAAAGAGCUAACCCCAUUUCCAUUGGCUAAAUUGUCAAGAAUUGAGAUAUAUGAAUUUCUCUGGUUUGUGAGAUUGGAUAUCUUGUCUGUGAGCAAAUGGAAACGAGGUUAGAAUAUGUUAGUAUGUAUCACAUUUAAACCUAUCAUUGAUACAACCUAUUAUAAAUAAAGAAUUAUUGAAUAUUAGAUAGGUAAAUGUCUCCAGAUAUGAGAACAUCACGUGACAUUUAAUAGUAUCACAUUUGAUAUGGCUCUUGAUCACACAAAUUAGUAUUGUGCUUCAAAUGUUACCAUGCAAUGUCUUUGUGCAAUGAUAAGGAUUUGUACAAGUUAGUAUGUCCUCGUCAAAAUCAUCAAAUCGCUGGUAUAAGAAAACGAUUGUGUUCUCCUAUACUGACAUUUACUUCACCAAUAAUAUUGUUUUCUGGCAUAAUAUAUUACCAAGAUAAAAUGAAGCUGUUUUUAUGAUGACUGGCAUUGAACAUUGUUCUUGUGAAAGUGCUAUUCUUUUAAUUGAAACUUUACACAUAUUAUACGUAUACAUAUUAUACGCAUUUAGUUAUACAACAUAUACAUACUGUUGACUAUGAUAUUGGAUAUUCCAGCAGGUUACUUGAUGUAGCUUCUGCGGGUGGUUAUAUUGUUGCAUGUGCAUAGUUACACUGUUAGUUGUGUUUUAUACAAUAAUAUAAUUUAGUUAUCAUUUAGCAAACUAUAACAAAUUACUUUUAAGUGUAGCUUUUAAAACCUUGUCAGGUACCUCUAUGUUCUCUUUUUACAUUCCAUCAGUAUUUUCUCUUUUGACAGGAAUGACUCCUCUAGUAGGUGGGGCAUAAUCGGUUUUACAUGCAUGCUACAAGGUGGUGGGCUUCUAGACAAACUUAUUGAUUAUGUAAUUAUAAUUAAAUGCAGCUGAUAAAUAGAAUCAAGAUACUGCAGAUUGUAACUCAUUUUAUACUGUAAAUCCUGCAAUUUAACACAGAUUUGUGUUUAUAUAUAUGUAAUCAGAACUAUGAAGCUUGUAUGUAGUUGUAAAUUGAUUUGCUAAUUCAGUGAUUAAUUUUGCUUGUAUUUGAAAAUAAGACAAAUGUUUCGUCAUGAAAUACAAAAUUGUAGCUUAUGAGAAAUCAAGAAACAAAUUCCCCUUCAAACAGAGGUGGAUCUGAAACAUUUUGAAUGUAGCUUGCUAUGCAUUUUUAAAGAUUUUUUGUAAUAAACUUCUAAUUGGUGAUCUGG